UUUUCUAACAUAGGUUUCAAGGCCUCAAAUGAAGGAAUUUGUACCUAUACAGGAAAGUGGGAGCUCAGGGGCAAUACAAGAUGUUUGCGCAAAACUAGGCCAAUAUUGAUUGAGGAUCCUUUUGAUCAGCAAGAAAAUUCCGCGAGGGCUGUUUGCAAAAGUGGAUUGGCAAGGAUAACUAAAGCAUUUGAGAUGAGUUCGGUUAUUUUAUCUUCUCAGAAUGAGGAUUUUCUGCUUGCCAGACUUUUUCGACCACAAGUAUCACAGGAUAUUAUUGCCAGGGCAGGUCUUAGGAAUCCAGCUUCUAAUGUUUGGGGCUACCAUACCCACCUAACACGUCCACAAGUGUACAGGAAUGUGAAAUUACAGUCAGAACUCAGACCCAAUUUCAGAACUUGAGGCUAGAAAGCUGUUCUUACAAUCCAAUCAAGACAGAAACUUUGAACAUGAAGGAACAAUAUCAGUCAAAAACUUGGAACCAAUUUCAGAACUUGAGGUUAGAAAGCUGUUCUAACAAUCCAAACUUGACAGGAACUGCCACGGCACAUCACCAUCAAGGCCAGCACAGAAAUAAAAAUGAGUGCCAAUAGUACAUUGGAGCAUAUACUUGAGGAAAUACUUGAAGUGCUAAAGCCCAAGCAGGAGGAUUUGGCGACACGGGCUCAAGUCAUUAGUGAACUACGAAGAGUCGUUGAAUCUGUGCGAAGUUUGAGAGGGGCAACAGUGGAGCCAUUUGGGUCAUUUGUGUCCAAUCUGUUCACAAAAUGGGGUGAUGUGGAUAUCUCUAUCAAUUUACCCAAGGAGGAUGGAUAUAUUUCAUAUGUUGAAAGUGACCGCAAACAAAGAUUACUUGUGGAUUUGCAAAAUCCUUUGAGAGGUCAAUGGCAGAUGGUGCAAUUAAUCCAUGCAAAAGUUCAAAUUCUAAAAUGCGAGAGUAGCCACAAGAUCUUUUGUGAUAUAUCAAUUGAUAACUUGAAGGGCCAAAUGAAGUCCAAACUCUUUUUGUGGAUCAGUGAGAUAGAUGGGCGCUUUCGUGACAUGAUUUUACUGGUCAAGGAAUGGGCAAAGGCACGUGACAUAAAUGAUCCAAUUAAUGGGACUCUCAACUCAUACUCUCUCAGUUUGCUUGUGAUAUUCCAUUUUCAGACAUGUGAACCUGCAAUUUUUCCACCUCUUAAAGAUAUAUACGCUGGAAAUGUUGCUGAUGAUCUUCAAGGUCCGAGAACUGUUGCAGAGAGAAAUAUUACUGAAGCAUGUGCUGCUAACAUAAGAAAGUUCAGACAAGACAAAUUCAGACGAGUUAAUCACAGUUCUUUGUCUGAACUUUUCAUUUCGUUCCUUGCAAAGUUUUCUGACAUCGGUUUCAAGGCCUCAGAGCUAGGAAUUUGUACCUAUACAGGAAAGUGGGAGUAUAUAAGAGUGCGCAAAACUAGUGCGAUAUUGAUUGAGGAUCCUUUUGAGCAGACGGAAAAUUCUGCAAGGGCUGUUAACAAGAGUGGGUUGACAAGGAUAUCUGAAGCAUUUGAGAUGAGUAGGGUUAUUUCAGACCUGGAUUCUAUCCUUGCCACACUUGUUCGACCACAAGUAUCCCCCGAAAUUAGAGCACGUCUCAGGAAUCCAGUUUCUUAUGGUGGGGGCUACCAGCCCCACCUAACACAUCCACAUGUGCACAGGAAUGUGAACUUACAGUCAGAAAUUCAGAACAAAUUUCAGAACUUGAGGUUGAAAAGCAAUUCUAACAAUCCAACCCGGACAGAAACUGUGAACAUGUAUGGAAAAUUUGAGGCAUCUGAGUCAAAAACGCAGAACCAAUUUCAGAACUCGAGGUUAGAAAGCUGUUCUUACAAUCCAAGCACGACAGAACUUGAGCAAGGACGAAGUCAAGGCCAGCACAGUGGAGAUGCUGGAAAAUCAAGUCUCUCCAUUGGUGGCCUUUUGUUGGGAGGCUUGGUAGCUGGACUAGGCUACAUGUUUGCACCCGAGAUAAGCAAGGCAGUUGAUGGUUUGAAGAAGUUUAGAGAUAAUUCUGAUGAUGAUUCAGAUGAACCAAAAAAGUGAGUAGCAUUUGCAGUUGAAUUCUGCCAUAAAUGAUGUUUCUGCUCAGAUUUGUGGAGAUGAUGCCCCCCUAAUGGAGCUGUAGUGAAUUCAGAUAAAAGCUGUAGCUUUAACGUCACAAAAUAUUUUGUUGAAAUUUCCAUAUAAAUUAUUACUACUUUUGUGUGAUUAGUACUGCAAAAACAGUGUUUGGAAUCUUUUAAUCCAUUUUGAUUUUCUUUUAGUUAUGGAUUGAGGUUGAUUGUGGAAGACUGUAUCAGCUAUUAAAACUGUCACAAUUGUUCCAACCUCUUUGCAAGUAAAUGUAAUUUAUUUCCCUAUAUGUUAGAGAGGGUAAAUGUAAAUUCCCCUAUAUAUUAGUGAAACGGAAAUAAUGUGUAAUUGGGUUGGAGAUUGAAGGAU